UUUAUGGAACUUUCAUUGGACUUCAACGAAAAUGAUAUAGUGAAGUGUUUUUGGAUGUUUCCACGGUGAUGCAUAUUUUCUUGAUUCGAGAGAUGAACUUUGCCGCCGCCUGCUUGGAUGCGUGAAAGUGCGAUAGUGACGCCAUCAUGCGGCGGCAUGGCUGAUUGGGACCAGAUGUUGAUUAGGUCGCUGGGCCGGCCGCCGCACUGCAGAUCCCUCGAGGACCUUCAGGUCAUCUACUACGGACUCAGCGGAUUGGAGGCGCUGCAGACGCUCAGAGAUUCGGCACUGCGCGCCCUCUGUCACAUCGUCCGGUACGAGAAGCACCAGGCGAACGAUGUCCUUUAUUACACCGGCGAACUCUCGACAUGCUGGUACAUCCUUCUGUCCGGUUCCGUGUUCAUAGAUGGGUCCAUGUUCCUUCCGAGAUCAAGGUAGGUCUAUUUUUGGAAACAAAAGAGGUCGACGAUCAUUUGUUUUUUGUUGUUGUUGUCGUUGUUGUUGUUGCGAAAAGGCCA